GUCACGUGACAGGAAGUUGAUAUUAUGGACAAUCAAGAUGGCGACGAAUUGUCGAAGGAAAAGAGAAUGUGAAAUAAAUUUUACAGAAUGAAGAUAGGUGUUAAAUAUAUAGAUUAUUGGUGAGGAGAAGAACCAUGCUGGGAAUAGUGAAAAGCCAUAUAAUUGUGUCAUGGUUGUUUUUUCUUUGGAGUGUUACAGUUCCACAUGAUGCGAUAGUGUAUGGCCAGAUUAUUACCACACCGACAUCAGAUAAUGCCAGUAGCAUCCCUGUCUCAUCCCCCACCCCAAGUCCAACCACCCCCAUAAUUCAAGUCACCACCGAAGCUGCCACCACCACAAAACCAGACCCCAAACCGGUGCCCCCACUCAAUAUUGUGUUUGGACAAGUGGGUAGGAAUGCUUCUGUGCCUUGCUUCAUUGAUGCCUUGGCGGUGUAUCCAGACAAGAUGCUCUCUACCACCUGGAAGAAGAACCGGAUGUUCAUCGUGAAUGCUGCCAUGGGCGAGGAUGGGAAGUUGUCGCUGUCGUACCUGGAUGAUGAGCUGAAGAAGAAAUACGAAGUGGAAGAGGAUUACAGUUUGGUGGUCACUGAGCUGGAAAUGAAGGACACAACUAAUUUUACCUGCACUGUCAUCAAGUUUCAGACAGAUCAGCGUUUAGUGCACGAUGUCAUCUACACCAAUAUUACCUAUCUGCUGGUUCAAGAUGUGCCUUCCCCUCCAGGGCGUCCCAGUAUCUUAGAGAAAUCCUCCCGAACUGCCAAAAUCAGCUGGUCCCCCAGUCAAACUGACAACAACAGUCCCAUAAUGCACUAUUCUGUCAAUGUUAUGGACAGAACUAUGAUCAAUCAAGGCAGAUCUCACUUUUCUUCUAGACACAGAUGGAAUAAUAUGGGCGUCAAAGUGAAACAAGUUUCUGUUUUCACCAAUGAAAAUCCUUCUGCGGUGUUGACUGGUCUCCAUCCCUACACAGCUUACCAAAUCACAGUUUCUGCGGUAAACAAAAUAGGAACCAGUAUAGAAAGUCAACUUAGUGAUAUUUUCUACACUGACUCGGAAGCCCCUGAAGCCCCACCCCUCCAUUUAGUGGCCACAAGUAACUUCAGCAGUAGAAUCCAUCUCUCCUGGGACCCGCCACCCCUCAACAAGCACCAUGGUAACCUGGAGGGGUACAGAAUUCAGUACACAUCAGAGAGAGAUGGGAUCAAUAGGGUCAUUACAGUGGAGGAUCCAAAGAAAACCAAAAUUACCCUCUUUGGCUUACAACCAUUUGAGGCAUAUGAGGUGUCUGUGUUAGCGUUUAACAAUAUCGGCGAGGGACCUGCCGUGAAAAAACUUAUCCGUACAGCAGAAGGAAUUCCAGGAAAACCGCUGAUGAUCCACACCAACACACAGCCCAUGUCCACAUCAUUUGUUGUCAAGUGGCUGGCUCCAGACCAAGUUAAUGGACAUAUUAUGAGUUACGAACUCCGCUGGCAACACAACAAUAUCACCAAGACCAAAGUGAUCUCCAAAUAUCUGAAUAAUCCCAUGCUGGAGCAAGUCACCAACUUAAAGCCAUUUACCCAGUACCGAGUACAAGUAAGGGCAAUAACUGGUGGAGGGAAGGGAGAGUUCAGUGAUGUAUACCCAGUCUACACUGAUGUUGCUGGCCCAAGUUCACCAGAAGUGACUAACUUGACGGUUUUGGGAUCUCGCAGUAUUUAUAUAUCCUGGGAGCCACCUAAACAGUUCUACCGGACCAUUGACCACUACUACAUCCAGAUUAUAGAUACCUCUACCAACCACCAACAGAGGAGAGCGCUGGAAAAUAAUGAGAGGGAGACCAUAGUGACCGGUUUACCCACCAACACUGAGUUCACUCUAAAAAUAGCCGGCGUGACCAAAAGUCUACAUUCCAACAUGCACUACAUAGGAGAGUUCUCUAAACCCUGGACGUUCAGUCUCUCAGAGUUGUCAGAAGAUGCACUGCCCCUCGCCAAUUAUUCGAGGAGCAUUUUAUCCGUUGCUAACACCACCAUGACUCAUGAAUAUGUUAAUGAACCAGAAAUGAAAGAAGUGCGGAAAUAUUUGCCAGGAAAUCAUUCCAUUGUCAAUUUUACCAGUAUUUCUUUUCCUACUCGCCCACCUGAAAUUCAAGAACCCAUUAUGGAAGAUCCUACAGCGGUAAAUCAAGCCGAUUCCCAAGUGGUGAAUGCUGGGAUAGUGGCAGGUGUCGUCUGUACGAUCAUUUUCAUCCUCCUAGCAGUCUUAGGAUUCAUUGGAUGCAGGUCUAUGACUUGCAGGAAGUAUUACCAGGCUGCAUACAACUACUUGGCUGUUCCAACAAACAACAACUCUCCCCCGUCUACAGUUAUUGUAGUGGCUGAUCCAGCAGAUGAACAGUCUUACAAUGCUGUGAAGGAAGACUUAGAGAAGAGGUUCACCACUGUGAGAAAAGAGGAUUUCCUGCAGCAUGUUCAAUCGCUACAUGCAGACUCGGAUGUGGGGUUUUCACACGAGUUUGAUGAGAUCAAUAAGCUGACCUCUGUGACCCCCAAGGCAGAAGUGGGAAUGUAUCCAGAAAACAAACAGAAAAACAGAUAUGUCAACAUUCAAGCAUUUGACCAUUCUCGAGUUGUACUUCAGAAAUCCGUGCAAGUUCGACAAAGGCAGUCGGAUUACAUCAACGCAAACUACAUUGAUGGAUACAAAAAAUCCAAGGCCUACAUUGCCACUCAGGGCCCCAUGCCCAAUACCUUCGCAGACUUCUGGCGGAUGGUGUGGGAGCAGAACUCUGUUGUCAUAGUGAUGAUCACCAAACUAGUGGAAAGAACUAGGAGGAAAUGUGACCAGUACUGGCCAGAGGAUGGAAUUGAGACAUACGGCAACAUACAGGUCAAGCAUGUCAACACAUUCUCAAGAGCUCAUUACACCGUGAGGAUAUUCUCACUGAAAAACGUCAAGCUUAAAAAGCAAUUUUCGGAGAGAAUAGUUCACCAGUUCCACUAUACGGAGUGGCCAGACCACGGGGUGCCGGAUUUUACACUUCCUGUUUUAAAGUUUGUUCAGAAAUCAGCAGCCCUGAACCCCAUCAAAGCAGGUCCUAUCGUGGUCCACUGCAGUGCUGGAGUUGGCAGGACCGGCACCUAUAUUUUGAUUGACAGCAUGAUAGAGCAAAUCAAGGACCAGGGAACAGUUGCUAUACCCUCCUUCUUACUUAAAAUCCGCCAACAGAGGAACUUCCUCGUACAAACAGAGGAUCAGUACAUGUUGGUUCAUGAUGCCCUAGUGGAGUAUCUCCUCUGUCCCACCACGGAAAUCAAACAAUCUGAUGUUAAAGUCUACACGGAGAAGCUGGCAGAAACGCCACUGGAUAUCAUGCCCUCACUUCUACAAAAUAUAUUCCUUAUUGUCACAGCCUACAAACCCAAAGAUUCAGACAAGUCUCUCGCCCUGGCACCGCUGGCCCUGGAGAAAAACAGAAAUACCAACUUCAUUCCUCUGUACCCAAAACGGGUCAAGUUGCCCUUCCUGCCCGGCGUUGAGGGAUCUGAUUAUAUAAAUGCCACAUACUUACAAGGUUACAACCAUACUGAUGAGUUCAUUUUGACCCAGCACCCUUUGGAAACAACGGUUGGAGACUUCUGGAGGAUGGUGUGGGACAACAACAGCUCAGUCAUAGUCCUUCUCUCCAGGGUGGAUGAUGAGGAGUUCAUGAAGUUUUGGCCGGACGAGACUGACUCCGUAGGGAUGGACACAGCUAAUUUCAAACUGGUCUUUCAGGAAUCGGAGGAGGGCAACAGUUACACUGUUCACACCUUCUUGCUGGAAUCUACGCAGGAUGACUACGUACUGAUGACGCAGAUCAUUUCGUGUCCUGAGUGGCCCCCACCAGACCUCCCCCAUUAUAAAGCAUUUGACCUUUUAGAAAGGGUCAAGGAACUCCAAGCCCAGAAGGAUGGUGGGCCAAUUGUUGUGGUGGACAGAUUUGGGGGUGUAGAAGGUGCUCGCUUCUGCAUUCUUUCGUCCUUGUUGGACCAGCUGAAUCAUGAUAAGACAAUCGAUGUGUACCACCUGUGCAAGCUCUACCACAAGAAACGGCCCGGCAUCGUCGGCAGCCAAGAGGAUUACCUCUUCAUCUUCCUUGCCAUGAACAGUUACAUCCAAGAACAGUUUGAUAAAGAGACUGCCUCACUUUCACAUCAUCUACAUUUACGAUCUUCCUCCGCCAAGAAAAACGGCACUCUGUCACGUAGUCCUACACUUCAGGCCAAGGUGGAAACGACGAUCUGAGAAGGGGAAGACACGGUCUGAGAAGUGGAAGGUGGUUUUCAUCCUUUUGUGUAGAAGAGAAAGACAACUAUAGCCAUGUUAUAUGGAGAACAUGGAGAUAUUUCUCACUGAAAAUUACAGGUCAUAACAUACUCAGAUAUAUGAGAGAAACAAUUCAUGAAAACUUUAUGGAUGCUUUGAAUUUAUUGAAAAUACCAUUCAUGGAUCCCAGAUAGAAAAACCAUGUCUUCAUCAGUGUUUAUGUUUAACAUGUACAAGUUGUGCCAAUAUCAUCUUCAGAUUGUGAAUUUCCACUGUGUGAACAUGUCGAGACUAAAGGCGCAGUAACCAUAGGAAAUCUCCCAAUUUUUUUUUAUAUAAUCCAAGGUUUACACCUCUGAGUGUUGGUAUUCGUUAUGAAUAUCUCGAAAUUGACAGUGUGAUAAGUUGUGGGGAGGAUCCAAAUUUCUUCCAUAGACACCAAAUCACCACUUGUCCAGGUGACGGGAAUGGUCGAGUGCUGUGAUUGUUUUAAGUAUUUUAACAUGUAGUGAAAGGUUGUGUGAAUUUAGCGAUUUUUCAGAAUACGUUUUAAUUAUCAUCAAAUGUUGUAACUAAGGCUCUGCCGAUGCUGUACUGUUGUACAGUGUACUGUUGUCUCCCGUUCAUUCGUCGGUGUCUGCUUGGUGAUAUUACUGCCAUUUCAGUCAGAGAGUGAGGACUGUCGUUUCAAAUCCCGAGAGGAAAUAUUAAUUUUUUUUCUCAUUGACUAAGAUUGCAUUGGAUUGACAACUGUUAAAUCAGUCAAGAUGAUUGAUAAUCCGUGUUAACAUUGAAGACUUAAGGAUUUUCCAUUAAUCUGAUGUGCUACACUUCAAUGAUGCUUUACACUCAGGCUGCCUCAGGUAUUCUUCAGCAAUGGAAUAUCUUGGCUGCAGUAUUUUUGGAUAUCUUAAGAGUUGAAGGGGCUGAAAAUGGUGCAACAGAUUUGAUAUGCUGUAUACAGGGAGAUAUUAGCCCCCGUUUUAUUUUCGCCCCGUCAGUGGGGCAAAUUUAAGACUGGGUGAAACCUUUUUCUCUCUUAUCUCUCUUUUAUAAAACUAUGUCUGAGUAAAUUAAAAACAGGACGGAACCAACCUCAAGUGUAGAAAGGCGAAACUAACACGGGGCGAAACUAACGCGGGGCGAAAACAACCCUGUGUACAGUAAAUGGAGGAUCUAUUAAUAUGUAUCUUUGUAUCAAUCAUUUAUGUUAUAUUCUACUGAAACUGAAUACAUCAGAGCUUGCAUGUAAUGCCUUUAUUAUCCCCAUGCUCUGCCAUUUUGUAUUGUUUUUAUGUCAUUUUGGACCUUUGUGCCGCCAUUGUGUUCCAAAGCAUAUAGUGUAUGAAUUGCAUUUAACGUUAAGCUUCAUCCUCUAGUCCGUGUAGUCAUCAUGAGAGUCCAACCUGUUCAAAAUUCACAAUAUUUUUAUGAGUCAUAAAUCAAAAUUAAUAUGAAAGAUAUAUUCUCCUUUGUAGAACUUAGGAAAACCCAUGAAUGAUAUUCAUGUAAGAUAUUUGUACUGACACACAAAAUCUGAAGUAGAUGGAAAGGGGGGGGGGGGGGGGGGUAGGCUUCUCACCAAAGAUUUUGAAGCACUUAAAGUUUGGAUAUUCUGAAUUUAGCUCAGUAGGUAAAAUGCAAUUCAAAUCCCCAUUUAAAUGGAGCUGUUUGACAAAUUAAUCUUUAGAUUUGAAAAAGGUUGUGGCGUGCCAAAAACUGUAGAUCUCGUAGUGAUAAUGUCUUUUAGCUAUUGUUUGAAUUGUUUUGUUGUUAGAUAUGUUUUUGACAAUUUAUAAACUGCUUAAUAUACACACCCAUUUUAAUGACCAUGCAUUAAGGAAAUAAAUGCAUACACCUACAAGUUUAAAACUUUUCAGAAAGUUUCAGUCGAGUUUUAUCAAGUUAGUACUAUAUUUGUACAUAUAGUGAAAUUUUACAACAGGUUGUAAAAAUUGUACAGUUUACAUGUGUAGGAAUUUGACAUAGAAUGGAACAAGUGAGGUUGGAUUAUUUUCAUCAAAGUAUAAAUUUCUUUUUCUUUAACAUCUGUUUAUUAUACAAUCAGUACAGUAUGUAAAUGGUGUCAAUCUGUAUGUCUGUAACUAACUUUCACAGAAUUUCAUGGAAAUAUUGAUGAAGUGGGAUAAACCCCGAUAGGGUUCAAGAUCGCAUCUGAGGUCAAGGUCAUGGCAGGUAACAUGAUGUCCUUGAACACUGAUGUGAUAACAUUAUUUCUAGUAUGCAUCGUAUAAGUGUAUUAAGAUAAACAAUAACAGCAUUAGAUCUACACACACACACACACACACAUAUUGGUUUAUAACUUUAUACGUGUAUGUAUAUCAGUUUCAUAUGGAAAUAAAUGAGAACAUAGCUGUAGAAAUUGAGAAAUGAAUAAGUGACUAGGUUUUUGAUAAUUUAUAAAAUUUAAUGUUUAUGAUGUUGAUUUUUACAACAUUCGUAGUGAUAUUAUUAAACGGUAAGAUACAUGUACAAUGUAUUAAAUGUAUAAAACAGGUUUUUUUUAUGAAAUCAUGUUCAUCCAAAGAUAUAUCCUUUAGAUCAGUGUGUGCAUACUAGCAAAGGAAACUAAAGGAAAUAGUUUCAAGUAGACAAUUAAGAUGAAUUAUAGCCAAAACUGAAUGUAUUUCCAAAGGGUAAGUUAUAUUAAAUGAAGGGUGGGGGGCACAGAGAUGAAAGGAGACUAGUCAUUUUACAUGUAGAGUUGUAGUUUACCAUGGCACAAAUGAUUCAGUGAUGUAAAGUUUUGUAAUAUACAUUUAGAAUCUAGAUAUUUGUACAAAUUGCUUUUUAUAUAUACAUGUAUGUAUACUUAAUUGUGACUGCAAAUUAGAUGUAUAGUCAAUUUCAUGUAGUACAAAUCCUAUACUGCAAAUAUAUUUGGGUACUGAGUAAAUAUUAAAAUUCAGUUAAGAACUUAAGUUUGAUUAAAAGUGGACAAAAUCGUAAUGUUUACAACACUUUUAGUGUCUAGUAUAGGGGAAAUUCAACAAACAGAGUAAAUAUAGGGUUCAGAUCAUGUGUUUUAUUUGAGGGUGGGAAUUUCUUACCUGUUAAAGUACAUUGUUACAUAAAAUUCUCAAGGAGCUGGUAACGUAGUAUGAAAUUGAUGCAUUCUGAUGAAAUCGUGUCAUUCUGUGUGUAGUGAAUGUUGUCUUUACCAUGUGAUGUAUGUUCUUUUUAAAUUAUUAUUUAUGUAGUUAGCAUACAAAGCAGCUGCACUAAUGUUCAUCUGUAGAACUGGUGGGUUAUUAUCCAGAUAAUACAUCUCAUUUAUCAAGUUAUCACGGAAAUUCAAUAUUGUUUUAAUUUUUUUUUAUUUCAUUUCGUAUAUCUUGUUAUCCUAUGAGUUUAUUUUAAGAAUAGUACCAGUCAAAUUGAUAUUGGACCUUACUACAAAACAAAUGUGAAAGUAGGGACUAACUGGGAUUAGGCUGGAAUGAUUCAAAUUUAUAUAUACCACUGUAAAUCAGAACUUUUUAAUGAACAUUUUGUUACACAAGAUUUUCAUACAAACUGAUUUAUCUCGCACUAAAUCCAUUUUAUUAACAUAUUGUCCAACAACAUUGUAUUAUGUUGUUCAGCUGCUUCAUUUAAUUGUCUUAUUUCCAUCAUUCAUUUCUCUGUACAUGAAGUUGCAUCUCAGUUUUAAGUGAGUACUUUUAUAAUAUGUUAAUGAGAAUAUGCUGGUGUUUUUACAGGCGACUCCCCCCAGGCUUUCAGCAAUUUUACUCGUCCAGGUUGUAUGAGUUAGUAGGUUGUAUUACGAAAUUGUCGCAGUUUUAGCGGCACUGUGUUGUGUAUGUUUUUUGCCACCGUUGAUAGUAUUUGACAACUUAUCUUUGUGCGCAAGUUUUACUCAUUUUGGGGGGUCCUUUUUUUUUUUAAGAGCAGAAAGCAUUGUAUGAUUUUCUAUUUGUAAUGUAUAACCUUUUUAUAAAUAUUAUUAAAAGAACCAUUAUACUAUUGACA